AUGGAAAUCUCCGGAUACAGACCGGUAAGGACAUCAAUUGGGUCCGGUGACACCAGGAAUGGACAAGAAAUCGAAUGGAAGGCAGUGAUUUGGAGCUUUCCGUCCUUCUGGUCAGUGUGGCCACCGGGUGGAUGGCCGAUGACGCUUGAUGAGGAAAUGUCGAAUGGCUGUGCUCUUUCCAGAGUGCCGGCUACAUCUCCAAUUCCGAAAAUCAAGAAAGUUGCGCCGAAGAAAUUGACGAAACCGAAGUUGAAGCCUGUGACAGCCGUUCCAGUGAAAGUGGCUCCAAAAAAGACGACGGCAAAGAAAAAGUUG